AUGCAGUCGCUCGAAUACCUUGACUUGUCGGCUAUUUCGUUUGAGCAUGCUGACGCCGAGGUGCCGUUCUUGUUCAAUGCUGAGAAUCUGAGAACCUUGAAACUGCGGAAAUGCUUAGGAUCCCUCAACUUGCUAGAACUAGCAUCAAGCUCGGGGAAGUGGACGGAGCUUAAAUACUUUGAGCUUGUCCUUACCAAUAGCGGGCCUACAACUACAACCAAGAUAAUCUGCAACUUUAUUCAUAGUGCUCCCAAAUUAGAGACUCUAUGUCUCAUGCUCCGCGAACCUAUCAAUCGGGAGACCCUUAUAAGCACAAUUCGCCGUUGCAGCUCUCUGAAACGUCUCGUCAUGCAUAGUUUAGCGGACGAACGUAACCCAGUUCUCGGUGGCGAAGGCAUGCCUUGGCCAUCGGGUCUGGAACACUUAUUGCAGGAUAAACAGUUGGCCUGUUUUGGGACCUCUACACCACCCCGUGAACUAGUCAAUCAGUUACAAGGCUUGCAGGCUCGACCUUCAUGCAAGCUUCUACACAUCAGAGCUACUGGACCGGCUAUGGUGAAUAUGUAUCGUUCGAAUAUCUGUGACCCAUUGUACCACCCCCUUGACAUAUACGAGUUUGCGGAGUGGGCAUUCAGUGCUGAGGGUCUCCCUGACCUCACAGUACUCGCUUGGGGGGAAUUCUCUCACGAAGGCCACUUUUCAGAGCAUAACAGUCUCUUCUGUAGAUCCAAGACUGGCUAUCGACGAUUGAACGCAUCUGAAAUAUCGCUUUGGGAUCUCAUCAAUGAUAACAUGGAUAUGCUAGCCGCCUGUCCAUAUACAGAUACCAAUGUUCUAUCAAGAACCGACUUCUUGUAG